ACACACUCUCAGGAAGUGGCUCACGAGUUCAUUCCGCUACUGCGUUACAUUCUGCACUACAGCGAACAAGGGACUUUUUUUCUUUUUUCUUUUUUUUUCUUUUUUUUGCAGAUGUGGCGGCAAUUCACACAGCACUGGAUUAAACAAAACGCAGCUUCAGAGAACUGGAGACUAUGAGCUGGAAACUCGUCAAGAAGUCUGGGCGUGUUCUCUCGCGACUUUCCUGCAGCAGUUAAAGUGAUGACAGAGCUGUUCUCUUCCCUGCACACUUCUUUAUCUCAGAGCGUUGUGAGACGGGUGUCGUGAUGUACAGCCUGCCCUGUUUAUUAGCCUGUGGGGUUUGGAGAACGGAUGAACUCGGAGCCCUGUUUCCUCAGACCGAGCAGCUCGUGUGAAAGGAUCUUUUCAGUUUAAAUGCAGUCAUCAUUCUUUUCGCUUAGAAGUACAAAGUCAGUGGAAAAACCCAAACCCUCAGAACCUGACAGACCUUCACUGCCUCUUGCUGUGACACAAUGAAAGGCCUCAGACGUUUCAUUAAGACAUUUGUCUUAAAUUGGACUGGAUAUAAAUUGCAGUCAAUUGACUCCAAAUCAGACAGCAUACUAUGACCUAAAGACCCAGAAGACCGUUUAUUUCAACACAGGUGUAUCAUAAAGCUGAUGAACAUCAUGUCAUUGGAGGAACUGAUUGAGCUUGAGGAGCUUGAGGAGCGCAUUGAGCUUGCUGAUUCUUUACCACCUCGAACUCCUCGCCUAGAGAGGGUCAAUGCCUUGAGAAUAAGCCCAGGAAAAUUCCCAGAGCUCUGGAACCGUGUGCGGAUUAUCAGGCUCCUGGGAGACACCAUGAAGGACCCACAGCUGGUUGAGGAGACAGGAGAAGGCCACGACUUCCAUCCCUGUAGCCAUGCUCAACCCACCUGGUGCGAUCUGUGUGGAGACUUCAUCUGGGGGGUGUACAAACAAAGCCUGCGCUGUGCCAACUGUAGGUUCACCUGCCAUUACCGCUGUAGAGCUCUCAUUAAACUGAACUGUAAUCAGGGUGAUGCCUCUACUACCGAUCAGUCCAGUGAUGUCCAGGACAGCAUUGAAACUGACACUAACGUGGAUGAGGUGACUGAGAGCAAGAAACAAGAGCUGUCCCAUUCAGAGAUUCAGCAGAAGAUAAAGGAGUAUAAUGCUCAGAUAAACAGCAACCUCUUCAUGUCUUUGAACAAAGAUGGCACCUACAACGGUUUCAUCAAAGUUCAUCUGAAGCUGGUACGGCCUGUGUCUGUUCCUCCUCCACGGAAGGGUGCUACGUCUCAGGAGCCAGCCAAUGGGAAGAGAGGGGGAGCAGUAAAAAGGCGCACGUCCUUCUACCUCCCAAAGGACACUGCCAAACAUCUGCACAUCAGCUCUCGAACUCGUGCACAGGAAGUGAUUCAGGCCCUUCUCAAGAAAUUCACAGUGAUCGACAAUCCUGCGAAGUUUGCACUGUUUGAGCGCACUGAGCGCCAUGACCAAGUGUACCUACGGAAGCUGCCUGAUGAUGAGUGUCCACUGUUCCUGCGUUUAUGUGCUGGGCCGAAUGAGAAGGUGCUGAGUCUGGUACUAAAGGAGAAUGAGACGGGAGAGGUCAAUUGGGAUGCAUUUUCUUUGCCGGAGCUGCACAAUUUCCUGCGCAUUCUGAAGCGAGAGGAAGAGGAGCAUGUAAAGCAGAUCAUGCAGCGUUAUGCAGUGGCUCGUGAUCGCAUUCAACAAGCUCUGGUCAGCACCAACCCUGGCUGAUCACUUCACAGAGCCUGUCAUACUGACGAGUGGUCACAAGGGGGCCUCAGUCUAUGAGGGAAGUCGACCGAUCUACCGAUCCAUAUGGACUAGCAUCAGUGCGAUUAGUGUGAGAGAGAGAGAGAGAGUGCGAACGAGUGUGGAAAUGCAAGUGCGCAACCAGAUGUGCGUGCGUGGAGAGAAUGAGUCGUGACUGAGAGCGAGCGAAAGCAUACUGGGGAAUGGACGAGUGAAAAUAGAACACCUUGUCGUGAAUGGUGUGUGAUUUGUUCGAGUGAGUGUAGAGAGUCCUCAAGAUAGAACAUCGUGUUUCUAUGGAGACUACACAGGACUCUCCUGACUUCACUGCUGGUGAAGUUUUAAAUUUACUUUUCUUUUCUUCCUUCUGUAGGCUAUGAGACUAUGGAGUUUUCUUUUUUUUCUUAUCCAUGUAAUUGAACAACCUAGUUGUAGUAAAUCCAUGUGACUUGAUUUGCUGUGCAAUGUUGAAAAUGUCUCACAACUCAUCCAUUUGACUUCUUUAGUACUAUUGAGUGGUCAGGAAUACCGGGGAAUUCCCAAUUAUUCAGUUGACCUGAUAAAGCCCCUUAGAUGAGUGGUGAAAUAUCUUCAGCAUUAAAGCAACAAGACCAGUUGCCUUAACUUACGACUCCUAGACUGUUUUUGCUUGGAUGACUUGCAUUCAUUUCCAGACUUCUCUUGGAACACUGUGCUCAAAUAAAUUGGGGGAAAAAAGGUUCUUGACCAUGUUUUGAUUAUUAUUGCCAUUCUUGUUGCCUACUUAAUAAAUCUGUUCUGUAAUUUUAUAUAUCCUUUAUAUGUAUGUUCUGUCAGUCACCUUUUUUUGUUAGCAAAAUAUUCAAGCUUGACCUUGUGCAGUCACUUCAGUUUCUGGAAACUUUCUUUUUUUCCCCCCACAAUAAAUGAUUUCCUUUUUA